AUGUACGUAGACACAUUUUACUCAUCAUUGACGAGCAUUGUAAGCGAAAUCGCAGCGAACUCCACGGAUUUUACGUCAAUUCUACGACUGAAUCUGUGUGAACAAUGGUGUGACAUUUUCAUCAGUGAAAAUCAAAUUCUCCACUAUUCAUUAUCUGAACGACGUCAAAUAAUUUCAAAAUCGUUAGUCAAUCACUGGACUCAUUUGAUCCUUGUUGCAGGAUCAACAUCAACAACAUAUCGAAAUCCUCGAGAAAUCUUCCUUGGUGAAACCAAUUCAACAUUAUUUGUUGAAGGUUGUGGAAACAAUCGAAUCCAAUCAUGUCAACUAGGUUCACUUCUUGGAAGAAUACUUCCGCCGAUUAAACAUUUGAUCUGA